GCAAAUAGUUGUUCUUUAAGUUCUGAGCUCUACACUCGAAAGAUGCUCCUCCAUUCUCCUCCUCAAUUUGGGACUCUGCUCACAAUUUUGUUCUCUGUGGCGUAUGGGGAUUUUUUACCAGGCUCCUUUAAUUUGUCCCUGUACAGACAGAUGCCCGCUCUGUAUCAGCUGGAUGACUACGAUCUCUGUCUGGACAACACCUCUGGCAGCUACUGUUUGGCUUAUGUGGAGAUUGAGCCCAAUGUGAGCUCCACUUUGUGGCACCUUAUCGAUUCAGUGUCGCGUGACUCAAAGCACCGUUUCCGCCACGAUGUUGUCUUCCGGGGCGUGUGUCUGGAGCGCUGUAUACGCUCUCUCAACGACACUUCUGCUGGAGCUCUAAAGCGAUACGAAGGAAGAGGUGUCCAGGACGAACAGUUGAGCACAUACUUCAUGCAGGUGCACCGGCGAGCUUCAGACGCAGAUGACCGUCGCCUUUAUAGUGAACUCGUCAACAAUUGCCUAAAUCUCGAAUUUAGUCAAAAGUUUUCCCUCCAAGUCAGCAGCCAGAUCGAGUAUUGUGUAUCAGCGGAUGAUCACUUGGAGCUGGAUGCUCUUGAUCUGACUGCUUACACUGUCGGGUUUAUCAUCGUCUUGCUAACGUUGUGCUCAUCCAUUUAUGAUUAUUGUUUAAGUAAUCGCGACCCCUGCCAGCUAGCAGAAAAUUUCUAUAGGAAGCAUUUAAAGACUCGCAAACAGCAGUUUCUUACAUCAUUUUCACUUCCUCGGAAUUACUACCGACUGGCCAAGCCGCAUAACACAGAUUUCGCAAAUGAUUUAAGUUUUUUCGACGGUUUCCGUAUAAUUGGGGUUUUCAUCGUUAUCCUGGGCCACGUUCUAAUGGUUUUCAUGACUACCGCGAUUGAGAAUCCCGAGUACUACGAGCAGUUCAUUUACUCGUUUUGGUCAUCAAUUACUCAAAACGGCCACGUGGCCAUCCAAAUAUUUUUCGUAAUGAGCGGCUUCCUACUUUACGUGGAUUUCACUGAACGCCAGCUCGUCAGCCCGAAGUCAGACACUCUACAGUGCAUCGCGGUAUACUUUCGCUUGUUCUUUUACAGAUACUUUAGACUCAUCCCGUCAGUUCUCGCCCUGAUCCUGUUCAACGGUACAGUUUUGGUUCGCCUGCAGGACGGGCCGUUUUGGCGGCACGUGACCGAACCCGAGCGGGUGUUUUGCCGGACCAAUUGGUGGAAGAACGUCUUCUUUGUGACCAACCACAUGAUGGAGUACAGUUGCUCCCACCAGACCUGGUAUUUGGGGGCAGAUAUGCAGCUGUUCGAGCUAUUCCUGAUCGUGAUAAUCAUUAGCAAAAAACACCCGAGGCUGGUCAAACCCAUCUACAUAACACUGAUGGCACUUGCAGUAGCCGUUCCCGCCAUUUUGACCUACGCUCUCAAGUUGGAUGCUGUCUACCAUACUACUCCGGAGACCUACCGCUUCUUGUUCUUCCGGCACUCUGACACCUUUUACCAGAUUUACCCGACCUUCUACGCGAAUCUUAGUGGAUACCUAUUUGGUUUCAUAUGUGGUCACCUCUACCUAAGCCAGCGUUCCAAGGCGACCAUUCUUCGGGGACAACUGAAGUAUAAGCUGGCCAUGUGGCUGCUGAUAUCAGCAGGGCUGGUAAUACUCUCCUCUGGAUAUAUAUUUAUUUACUUCGACUUCGCCAAGCCUUCGAUCUGGCUGGCCGUAUAUGCAGGACUCUACAAAAACCUGUGGGUGCUAAUCUGCGCAGGUUUCGUUUUUCUCAUGUCCUGUAAGAUGGGAGGAAUUGCAUACAGAUUCUGUACUUUGCCUGUGUUCCGACCGCUGGCAAGGACCUCCUUUCAAGCUUAUCUGUGGCACGUUGUAGUCCUGCGCGUGGUUACAGGAUACUUCAGGCAGCCGAGCCAUGUGUCCACCGUAUUCUUGAUUUGCUGCGUGAUAAGCGCGUUUGUUGUGUCGCUAUUUGUUGCGUUUUUAAUGGCCCUGCUGCUGGAAUAUCCUCUCGGAGAGGUUCUGCGCUGCCUGUUGAAACCCCGUACAAGCAAAAAUGAGAUCAAAACAGAAAUUCAAAUGGCGAGCGCCCAGUCAGCUGCUUAGAGUGACCGUAAUUCGGCGGCAGGGUUGAAGGGCUAAAACGCGUUAAGACAUUCACACGGAACCGGCAACACUAAGAUUUAAGGCAUUCACAGUAAACAUCCAGAAUUGUGGCGGCACUAUUUGAAAUUCACACAUUUAUUUUAAAAGUAUAUUAAAAUUAAGUUUUCCCAGAUGAUUUAUGUGAUUGGUCAAUAGUUGACUUAAGUAAAUUGGAAGUACUUAGGAAAAAUAAAUAAAUGGAGACUAAUUAGGAA